CGAAAUCCUUCACCGUCCGGCCUCAUCGCCUGAAAAUUUCGAGCUCAUCGUCCCCGGCGACCAGCACACCCGCACACCAUGUCGCGCUUCUUCAGACAGGCAGGAGACUCAGACUCCGACACCGAGUCGUCCGAGGAUGAGCUCAUGUCCUCCGACGAGGAGGCACCCGCCGCGAAGCCAGCGGCUAAGCCAGCCAUGUCCCGCUUCCUCAAGGGCGCCGCAUCCGAUUCCUCAUCAUCCAGCGACUCCGACUCUGACUCGGACGAAGACGACGACAGCGAUGCGCCCAAGAAGGGGAAGGGGAUGAACGCCUUCGCCAAAUCCGACUCUGAGGAUUCCGACGAAGAGUCCGAUGACGAACACAAGGGCAAGAUCCUCAGCGCAGCCGAGAAACGCUUACUCGAGAUGGAGGCCACCGGAAAGACGAUGGAGAACGCGCUCAAGAUCAACGACUGGGUCGCGAUAUCGAAUGAGUUCGACAAACUCGUCCGUCUCGUCCAGCGUCAGAGCAAUGUCGCCGAGCCCAUCCCCUCCUUCUACAUCCGCACCCUUGUCGAGCUCGAGGGCAACCUCAACAAGGCCCUGGCGAAGGAGAAGGAGGCCAAGAAGAAAAUGAACGCGACCAACGCCCGCGCUUUGACUGCUAUGAAGCAGAAGGUCCGCAAAGCUAUCAAGGAGCAGGAGGAUGCGGUCAAGCGAUACCAGGCGGACCCCGAGGCCUUCGAAGCCGAAUACCAGGCGCACAUCGCGCGCGACACCGCUCCCCCUACCGCUCCCCGCCCUGCACGCGCGGCCAAUAAGGCUGCUGCUGCUGCUGACGAUGAAGAAGAUGAUGGCUUUACCGAAGUCGGCAAGGGUGGCAAGGGCAUGCAGUUCUCCCCGGAGACGAUCUUCAAAAACCUGCAAGCCAUUCAGGAGGCAAGAGGUAAAAAGAACACCGAUCGCGCCGAGCAGAUCAGAAUCUUGGAAAAGCUGCUCGAAGUCGCCGUCACCACAUACCAGCGCAUUCGCAUUCUCCUCGUCCUCAUCUCCGCCCGCCUUGACUACAACUCCUCUGUCAGCAACUACAUGCCUACGGAGCUAUGGGCCGCUGCGCAGAAGGAAGUCGACCAGCUCAUCUCCAUCGUCGCGUCCCAGCCGGCGUACUCUGUGCAGGAGAUCACCGAGGACUACGACGACAUGGCCGAGCGCACGCCCGAGACGGAGAAGGACGGUAUUGUUCGCAUUCGCGGUAGUGUCAUCAGCUUCGUCGACCGAUUGGACGACGAGUUCACGAAGGGGCUGCAAAACAUUGACCCGCAUGGUACGGAGUAUGUCGAGCGGUUAAAGGACGAGAAGGUUCUCUACAGCACUAUCUGCCGCGCGGAGGCCUUCUAUGAGGCUUCUAAGCAGGACGACCCGCUCGGUCGCGUUAUCAUGCGGCGGUUGGAGCACAUCUACUCCAAGCCCGACCCUGUUGUGUCCGCGCUUGAGGCUGCCGCCGAGUCAUCCGAUGUCAAGCCCAAGAUCACCGUCUCAUCAGCUGGCUCAAUAUCCGCUCUGAUACACGCGCUCUGUGUUCACUUGUACAAGUCUGGCAACUCUCUCUUGCGUACGCGCGCCAUGCUCUCCCACAUCUACCACUACGCCCUCCACAACGACUUCUACACUGCACGCGACAUGCUUCUCAUGUCUCAUUUGCAAGAGUCGAUCCAUUCCGCCGACAUUGCCACGCAGAUCUUGUACAACCGCACUGUUGUUCAGCUUGGUCUUUGCGCCUUCCGCUCAGGUCUCAUCAAGGAGGCGCAGUCGACAUUGCAAGACAUCUUCACGACGCAGCGCGUCAAGGAGCUGCUUGCGCAGGGUGUGCAUCAGCAGCGCUACCAGACGCUUACGCCCGAGCAAGAGAAGGCGGAGAAGCAGCGUCAACUACCCUUCCACAUGCACAUCAACACGGAGCUGCUGGAGGCCGCGUUCUUGGUUUCCAGCAUGCUCGUCGAGAUUCCCUUGUUGGCGAGCAUUGACUCAGACGAGCUCAAGCGCAAGGCGAUCUCGAAGCCAUUCCGCCGCUUGCUCGACUUUGCCGACCGCCAAGUGUUCACUGGCCCACCGGAGAGCACGCGCGACCAUAUCAUGCAGGCGAGCAAGGCGCUCCAGGACGGCGACUGGGAGAAGUGCCGCGACCUCAUCCAAAGCAUCAAGAUCUGGGCGUUGAUGCCCGGCGCGCCGGCCGUCAUGGAGAUGCUCGCGCAGAGGAUACAAGAGCAGGGUCUGCGCACCUACCUCUUCACCUACGCGCCACACUACAGCACGCUCUCCUUGUCGCUCCUCGCCAAGACCUUCUCGCUCCCGUUGCGGACGGUUACCUCGACGGUGUCGAAGAUGAUCUGGAACGAGGAGCUCUCGGCGUCGCUCGACCAGUCUGGCGGCGUCGUCGUGUUCCACCGGAUCGAGCUCUCGCGUACGCAGCAGCUUGCGCAGACGCUGUCGGACAAGCUCGGCAACAUGGUCGACCAGAAUGAGAAGACGCUCGACACCAAGCUCGGCGGUGGCGCGGGCUGGGGCGACCGCGGGGACGGCGCGAAGGGCGAGAAGCGUGGCGAGCAGGCGCAGGGCGAGAGGCGCGGGCGGGGCGAGCGGACACGCGGGGGUGCGAGAGGAGGUGCGCGGGGCGGUCGCGGUCGGUUCGCGCAGGGCUUGGGCAACCAGAUGGGUGGCGGGCAGAGGAAUGCGUAGUCUACCGUUUUUCGCACACUUGUAUCGUACUAGCACUGUUGUUGUUGUCACUGUAUUUUAUUCGCGAUGCUCGAGCAGUGCUGCGAUUGGAUUGAUGUCUAUACAUUGUGGCGAAUGAGGUACAUUUACUCGCUGCUUGAGCCACUCGAGUCGUCUGAGCUGCUGUCUCCUGAGCCGGCGAAGCCCUCGUCUUCGUCGUCGGACACUGCGGUCCAGUCGGAAACAUCAAGCUUCUCGUUUUUGAUGGUUUC